AAUAUCUUGUUGCCUGUCCAUUUCUCGGUGUGUGCUGGGGUAUAGUUAUAUAAGGUCAUUUCUAUUCCUAAUGUUGACUGAAUUCUCUCGAUCAAUUGUGCUAUUUUAACACGUCUUUAGAGAUAAGUGCAAACUCAAUCAGAUCUAGUUGAGCAGAAGUCUUUUGAGGUCUGAUUCACGUGUUGAUAGAAACUAUGUUGUUUGGGUCCGUGGUUUCCUAUUUAAGUCCCUGGAACUUAUGUAACACAAAGUACCUAGAGCUGAGAAUGCGGGGGUCAUGAUCACAUAAAGUUUCAAUUUGCAGCGAAGGGUUAUACAGCAUUCGGAGACAUUACAAUAGCACAUUCUUGUAACUGCUAAUAAAAUGUUUUCCAAAACAGUAUAAAAGAUAGGUUGCACACAAAGAAGAAUAAGCCGUUGCAAUGACCAAAGGAAGAAAGGCUAAAACAAACGAGAAACUUAUGUAAUAUCUUUUAUCAAACAAAUAUUACAUCCAUAAUUCCAUAUAGUGUCCAUGAGAAUAUUGAGUUCUUCCAUCCAUUUCCUUAAGACACUAUUCUAUGUGCUUGACAUGGUGCUACUUUUGUACUAGUAAGCUUUUCAUGCUUUUUUUUUUUGCCUGUUUGCUUGCUUUUGUCAAUGCAGUCUGUAUAAUGCUUUUCUGAAAAUUAAAUCAUUCAACUUUUUGUGUCACAUGAUAGCCUGUAGGACAAAGUAAUUAUUGAUGUUAUGCAAAUAGCUAAACAUCCAUAAAGAAUACCAAACACGACCCAUAUGAGCAGCAAAUGAACAAAAGUAUCAAAUAUCGACCUUUUCUUUGUGUGUGACUGGCAUUUUAAUGCCAAAUCAAAAAAUAUUUAAACCUUGUAAUUUUGUAACUUCGUCACACUGCACUAUCACAAGUUGGCAACUUGUUUACAGAAAAUCUGAACAUCUUCUUGUGUUGUCCAGGUACUGUAUUUGGUUUAUGCACCCACAUAUAUUCCAAUGCAGAACAUUUGCAUCCUGGCACACCAAUGCCAACUUUCCCACUCACCAACCCCACUUGCACUAUAAUACUGCGUAGAAAGCUAAUGGUAGUAUAUAUAACUUGUAAUUAAGUAGCUCACCUAGAACAAGCCAAUUGCAGUACAAAUUUGCAAGCACAAACUCAACUGUAUAAACCAUAAGCAGAAGCUACCAUCCCUACCUGUAUUCCCCAACUCCAUUGUUAGAUCCUUGUGUAACACCCUUGGCGUGAAAGUUUGUUCAUCUGCCAUGUGUGGUGGGUCGAUUCUCUACGCACCAGUGCGCCGGGCUGUCCCUGCCGGUGACCUGUGGGCAGACAGCGGCAAUAGCAAGAUUGGAAAGAACUGGAAGGGGAGGAGUUCUUGGGAGUUUGAUAAUGACGAUGACGACUUCGAGGCUGACUUUGAGGAGUUUGAGGAUUGUGACAGCGAGGAGGAGAUGGAUUUUGGGCAUGAUGACCAAGAAUUCAACAUGAACAGUUCAAAAUUUGUGAAAUGCAAUGGGCACAGCGCCAAACUUGCUGGCAGGAAGAGAAAGACCCAGUAUCGAGGGAUCCGGCGGCGACCUUGGGGCAAAUGGGCUGCUGAAAUCAGAGACCCACGCAAGGGCGUCCGAGUUUGGCUUGGAACGUUCAGCAGUCCCGAGGAAGCUGCAAGGGCGUAUGAUGUAGAAGCCCGGCGCAUUCGUGGCAAGAAAGCCAAGGUGAACUUCCCCGAGACCAUCCCAACUGAUGAGAAACGGCACCAAGGACGUGUGGCUCGACUGACAAAGAAGUCUGCGUCAAUGGAGAGCCUGAAGCUCAGCAACCCCUCUGAUCAUGUCUGCUCAGCAGGCAGCCGUGCUGAUGGCACAGUUGUCAAGCUUGAGUUGUCAGAGCCAGCUCCUCUCCUACGAAAGGCGGCUAGUGCGUGGCUUGACGCAUUAGAGCUGAAUCAGCUUGAUGGAUUAAGGUACCUUGAUGCUGAUGGGAAAGACACGGCAGAUAUGGUUUUUGCCAGUGGGGAAGCGAGUCUUGCCGAUGAUUUUGCAUAUUACGAGCCUUAUCCAAACUAUAUGCAGUUACCUUACUUUGAAGGUAACUCGUAUGAGAAUAUAGAUUCUCUCUUCAAUGCUGAAACCGUUGAGGAUGGCGUGAACGUCGGAGGUCUCUGGAGUUUUGACGACAUGCCAAUGGAGCACGGUGUUUAUUGAGGCGCAGCAGCUUGAAGAAAUCAAAUUUGACUAGAACAGGAAGAGCCAGGCUUUAUUACAGGUGAUUGCACUUGCAGUGACGUACUUUUUUUGUUGAUAUGCAGUGUUAUUCCGAGAUUAUUCGAAUUUUAUCCGUGUUGGAAUUCCUGAGUAUGAUGCGUGUUGAAAAUUUGUAAGCUCCGAACCUGUUUAA